AUGGUCAAGUUAAUAAGUUUUAUUUUGCUCAGUGGGCUCGUUCUCAUAAGAGGAGAACAGUUUGAGGAUGAAAGUAUUCUGAAGGAAUUUCAGAAUCUUAAAAAACUCAAGCCACUGGGUCUUGAGUUCGCCGACUACUUUCAAAAUGUAACGCUGAAUGAUUUAAGCCUUUUCGACUCCAAUUUGCCAACUCAGGAGGAUCUUCUGUGCCUUAGUGAAAUGGGUCAGUUAAUGUUGGCUCUUAGAUCUGGCCAAUUUUGGGCACUUAAAAUGAUUGACUCUUGGGGCUCCAUUCCCUCUGGCCUUUUCACGGGUAACGUAUAUGACUUGGGAAACUUUGAUGAGUGCAUCAAUAUCAAAAAUAACAACAUUCGUGGAAAAUACUGCUUUUUGGAAGCUUAUCCGAGUAAAAUGCUGGGCUCUGAGAGUGCAAUAGGUAGUUUUUUGAAAACGAAAACAGCUACUUGCUUUCCGUCCUCCUGCUCGGCCACUCACAUGAACAAGUUUGUGGGUCAGAUAAUACAAAGACUUUUCAACGUGAGUAUUCCUAGCACAGCCAUGAGUAUCAGCGAUAGUACAUGCCAGACCAGUGAAAAGGAACCCUGGAAUGCACUCACCAUUUUAACAAUAGUGAUCUUAGCACUGAUGGGUACUAUCGUGGCCCUUUUCACGCUGUACGACUAUUUCUUGUGCAAGAGUCAAGGUGACUUACCCGUGAUUGUCAAGGUGUUUUCGGCCAGGGCCAACUCUCGUGCUUGUUUCCGCAUCGUGCAAAACAAGUCAAACCCCAAUGUAAUCCACUGCCUCAACGGAAUUCGGGGCAUGUCGCUUUUCUGGGUGAUUUUUCUCCAUCAAUACGCAAGCUUAUUCUAUUCACCAAAUAUUAAUCGUUUUAGUAUUCUCCCGGUAACUUUUAUAUUUCACAUUACACUGGAUUCAUUUUUCUUUAUCGGCGGCUUAUUAGUGUCUUUAAUUGCACUGCGAUUAAUGGAUAGAACCAAAGGCAAACUGAAUGUUCCAAUGAUGUACUUACGCCGCUUGCUUCGCAUUGUUCCCAUUUUGGCCAUGGCUAUUCUAGUCUAUACGCAGCUCACUGGUCUUUUGGGAGAUGGUCCUCUUUUCAAGGGCGGAUACAAUGGAAAAGCGUCAUGCGAAAAAUCUUGGUAUCUGACCAUGCUUUUCGUGGUUAAUUUCGCGAACGAUAUGUGUCUUGAUCAUACUUGGUAUCUAGCUGUGGAUAUGCAACUGUUCCUCAUUUCACCACUCCUGCUCUUCGCUCUGUACAAAUGGGGCAAAAAGGCUGCUGCUGGUAUUUUUGUUCUCAUAGUACUGCUUUCUGGGUGCCUCUUUGCUGAAAUGAUGGUUAACAACUACUCAAUAUUAAACCUUGAUCUCACUCUGCAGAAGAAGAUGUACUUCUACACACACACUCAUGCUGCUCCGUGGCUUAUUGGUUUUUUGUUCGGAUACUUUCUGUACUUGAGUAAGGGCAAGAAAUUCCAGCUGAGCUGGUUUUCCGUUUGGACUGGAUGGAUUCUUUCCCUGGCUCUGCUGUUUACAUCGAUCUUUGCACUCUAUCCUGCUGUUAUGUCGGGCAUUCCUAAAGCGACGACCUUGGAAUUGUCAUUGUAUUACACACUCACCCGAGUGGGCUGGCCAAUGGCAAUUGGUUGGGUGGUUUUCGCCUGCAUGCAAGGAUACGGCAGUCUGGCCAACAGUUUCCUCUCCUCCCCGCUGUGGCAGCCCAUUUCAAAACUGUCCUACUCCGCCUAUAUUUGGCACAGUUUCAUCCAGGAGAUAAACCAAAGAAUAACAAGGACAAAUACAUACUUCUCGGACUACCAAGUGAUGCUUGAUUUCUGGUCGACCCUUGGACUCACGCUUUUGUUUUCCUACCUGAUGUACCUGAUUAUUGAGGCGCCCAUUGGUGGACUUGAUCUGCUUUUACGACCUCAGAAGAAGGCACCUGCUGAGAUCAAAACAGUGACGGACUCAGAUCUUGGAAAGGAGAAUCGGAUAGAUGAUGGCGAUUCAACUAAACAAGGAGAUUUGGAAGCGACCGAAUUAAAUACUCAAACUGCAGCUGAUUAG